AUGGCCGGUACAGGGUCGACAGAGCUACAUGUGAAGCAAGAGGUGGAGACACAGGAGCUAGGCUUGACGUCGCCAGACGAUGCUGCGUCCAAGCUCGUCCAGGACGAGACUGGGCCAAAGACUGUGCAGCCAAAGCCCGAGAGGACGCAAUCAGAAGCCACCUCUUGGGAUCAGUCCUGGGAUGUCAGGCGCAGCCGCGGGUGGCACAAGCGUCACAAAAUCCCCACGGUGGAAAAGAGCAAGGUCCUCGAUCUCAGCAAAGAUCACCCAAAGUCAAGCGUCAGGACUUUCCUGACUCGUUAUCUUGCCUUGGACCCCACCUGCGAGCACUACCGGUAUGUGAAGCGGGCUCCGGAUGCGAACGGUCAAUUUCAAGCAGAGCUGCACGUACCCAGCUUCAAUUGCAAAGUCUAUGUGGGGGUGCCCAGCAGCACAGAAAAGGAAGCUGAGAAGUCUGCCGCAGAGAAUUUCCUCCAGGACUCGGACGUUCAACUUGCUGCCAAGAAUCUUCCUCCAACGAUGCAAAGCAUCAAGCGCCGCAACAAGGCCGACCAGAACUUGAAAAGGCAGUGCCGUGAGCGUGGACUGUCUAUUUUCGAACUGAGCCGAGAGCAGUACAACGAAGCCCGUGAGAAGGACUGGCAUACUUCCGAUUGA